AGAAAUGUCGUCAGCUCCUUCGACCAAUCGUUUUGUUUGAACAGAAGCAGUGGGAAGUUUUGUUUUUUGUGUGUGUGACUGAGCGUUGUUAAAAGUAACGGCAGUGGUAUCCACAAAAAUGAUGGACGCAUUAUCAGUAGUCACACAGCUGCGGGACUUGGCAUCAGAACCACAGAAUCGGGAGGCGAUUGUUCAGGACCAGGGUUGCCUUCCCGGACUAGUGCUGUUUCUAGACCAUAAAGACUCUAAAGUGCUUUUUGCCACCCUUCAGACUUUGCGGUACCUGGCUGAAGCGCCCCGCAACAUCAACACCAUGAAAAAUGAGCUUGGCAUGAUGGUGAGCCUGGAGACACUGAUGGAGAGGACUGACAUGACGACUGAUAUUACAGACCUUGCAAAAGAGGUGUAUGGAGUGUUGAGUGCUCAAACACAGAGACGGGCUUGUCAGACUCCAGAGCAACAGAAGAGGAACAACAAACCACAGUUCUUCAUCAACAGCUCAAACAAGAAAGCAAAAUCAGUGACCCUGCACAUACAAGGCUUGGAUGGGGCAGAUCAGAGAGGUGUCUGUGAAGAAGCCCUUUUGAGGGUCAAAGGUGUAAUCAGCUUCACAUUCCAGAUGGCGCUGAAGAGAUGUACUGUACGCAUCCGUGCUGACCUGCCCACCGAGAGUUUGGCCACUGCUAUUGCUGCCACAAAAGGGCUUUCAGUUAAACAGGUGGUGAAAAAUGAAAAUGGAGAAGAGGUUCUCAUUCCACUCAGCACCUCUGGCUCUAAGGUGGAAGAAAACUCCCACCUGCCAGAUUACCUGCCAGAGGACGAGAGUCCAGAGAAAGAGCUCGACCGCGCAGUGUCUCGCACUGGUGCUAAACAAGACACCGGUGGCAGCUGGCUGAACACAGCAGCCAGUUUCCUCACUAAAACCUUCUACUGGUAA